AUGUUUAGAAACAGGUUUUACAGCUCAAUUCCUAGAUCACUUACUCGGUCGAUUCAUAUCGCCGCAUCAUUACGUUCCAAUUUUGCAUUUGUUUUUGACAUUGAUGGUGUUUUAAUCAGGGGUGAAAAGCCUAUACCACAAGCUAAAACUGCUUUACAGUUAUUAAAUAAACAUAAAAUCCCAUAUAUUUUAAUGACAAAUGGUGGAGGAGUACAUGAAUAUGAAAAAGCUCAAGAGGUGGAACGUAUACAUGAUAAUGAAAUUAAAAUUGAUCCAUUACAAAUUGUUCAAUCACAUACACCCAUGAAAGCAUUAGCUACAUCUUCAAAUUCAUUUAAUCGUGUAUUGGUAGUUGGUGGAGUAAAUGACAAUGCAAGAAAAGUGGCUCUUGAUUAUGGAUUCAAAGAUGUUAUUAUUCCAAUGGAUAUUGUAUUAACUGAGCCAUCAAUUUCACCUCAUCAUACUUAUUCAAUUGAACAACUAGAAAAAUUUGCAACAAAAAUGGACCUUGCUAAACCUAUUGAAGCUAUUUUAGUCUUUAAUGAUCCAAGAGACAUGUCUACUGAUAUUCAAAUUGUAAUGGAUUUAUUAAAUUCAAAACAUGGAUUAAUUGGAACAAAACGAGAUAUAUACAAAGUUAGAGAUAAGAAAGAUCCAUCAAUUCCAAUUAUAUUUUCAAAUAAUGACUUCGUAUAUAGUAAUGAUUUCAGUUUACCUAGAUUUGGUCAAGGUGCAUACAGAAUAAUUAUCAAAGAGUUAUAUAAAGAAGUCAUGGGUUUGAAAGAAGGUGAGAAUUUAAAUAGCUUAAUCAUGGGUAAACCAUUCAAAAUUCAAUAUGACUUUGCUCAUCAUGUAUUAAUAAAUUGGCAGAAAGAAGAAAAAGAUACAUUUCCAUCAUUGGGUCAUACUCCAUCUUCAACUCCAUUCAAGCAAAUAUAUAUGGUAGGUGAUAAUCCUGCUAGUGAUAUUGAAGGUGCUAAUUUGCAUGGUUGGGAAUCUAUUUUAUUAAGAACUGGAGUUUAUAAAGAUGAAGAUUGGGAUUACAUAAAGGCAAAACCAACAGUUGGUGUUUUCGAUAAUGUUGAAGAUGCAAUUAGAAAGGUUUUACAAGAUCAUGGUAUGAAAGUAGAUGAAUAG